AUGGGGAUGUGUUCAAGACAAGAGAGAAUACAAAAAGACGUCGACAUCGUAAUUCAAAAGUGCAAGGCAGAGAAAGACUGCCUUUUCUCUGGUGAGUGUGUCUUGUGUGCAGAGGUGACAGUGUAACGUUACGUGUUCCACCCAGGUUAAUAAAACCGUAAGGUGUAUGCUGAUUCACACACACUCAUCCGUUUCGUCCUUGUCCUCAAUAGCAAAAAAAAGCAUCUUCUAGACCCGACAAUUGUCAAUAUCACAAAUGAAUCUAAUCGUAGACCGACAUUUUAUUUGAAAGGUGUGUGCGAUGAUUAAAUUGGUAAAAACCUAACAGUGUCUGGGGUUAUCAUUACAUUUUAGUCUGGCAAAACAUUUUGCCUUGGUACGGAACGUUUUAAAUUAUACUAAUUAUUAGAAAUAAUUUGAAUUAGAAUGGAGCAGAAAAAGAACAUGAAUAUGCAUGUCAUGAUGACACUAGGUUUUGGGUAAACAUCCCUACAGAUUGACAAACAGCCAAAAUAUUGACACCAGCCGUAGCUUGUCUAUUUGCCUAUCGACGUUAGUUGGACCGGACAUAGGCUAACGGUUGUGGUAAACUUAUACUGAACAAAAAUAUGAACGCAACAUGUAAAGUGUUGGUCCCAUGUUUCAUGAGCUGAAAAAUAAAAUAUACCAGAAUGUUUUCCAUAUGCACAAAAAUCUUAUUUCUCUGAAAUGUUGUGCACAAAUUUGUUUACAUCCCAGUUAGUGAGCAUUUCUCCUUAGCCAAGAUAAUCCAUCCAUCUGACAGUUGUGGCAUAUUAAGAAGCUGGGGACAAAUAAGGCCACUCUAAAAUGUGCAGUUUUGUCACACAACACAAUGCCACAGAUGUCUCAAGUUGAGGGAGCUUGCAUUUGGCAUGGUGACUGCAGGAACGUCCACCAGAGCUGUUGCCAGAGAAUUGAAUGUAAAUUUUUCUACCAUAAGCUGCCUCUAACAUAAUUUUAGAGAAUUUGGCAGUUUGCCCAACCUUCCUCACAACAGCAGACCACGUGUAACCACGCCAGCCCAGGACCUCCACAUCCGGCUUCUUCACCUGCGUGAUCGUCUGAGACCAGCCACCUGGACAGCUGAUGAAACUGCAAAAUGUCUGCACAAACUGUCAGAAACCGUCUCAGGGAAGCUCAUCUGCGUGCUCGUCAGGGAAGCUCAUCUGCGUGCUCGUCGGGGAAGCUCAUCUGCGUGCUCGUCAGGGAAGCUCAUCUGCGUGCUCGUCGGGGAAGCUCAUCUGCGUGCUCGUCAGGGAAGCUCAUCUGCGUGCUCGUCGGGGAAGCUCAUCUGCGUGCUCGUCAGGGAAGCUCAUCUGCGUGCUCGUCAGGGAAGCUCAUCUGCGUGCUCGUCAGGGAAGCUCAUCUGCGUGCUCGUCAGGGAAGCUCAUCUGCGUGCUCGUCAGGGAAGCUCAUCUGCGUGCUCGUCAGGGAAGCUCAUCUGCGUGCUCGUCAGGGAAGCUCAUCUGCGUGCUCGUCAGGGAAGCUCAUCUGCGUGCUCGUCAGGGAAGCUCAUCUGCGUGCUCGUCAGGGAAGCUCAUCUGCGUGCUCGUCAGGGAAGCUCAUCUGCGUGCUCGUCAGGGAAGCUCAUCUGCGUGCUCGUCAGGGAAGCUCAUCUGCGUGCUCGUCGUCCUCGCCAGGGUCUGGACCUGACUACAGUUCGGUGUCGUAACCGACUUCAGUGGGCAAAUGCUCACCUUCGAUGGCCACUGGCACGCUGGAGAAGUGUGCUCUUCACGGAUGAAUCCCGGUUUCAACUGUACCGGGCAAAUGGCAGACAGUGUGUAUGGAGUCGUGUGGGCGAGCGGUUUGCUGAUGUCAACGUUGUGAACAGAGUGCCCCAUGGUGGGGUUAUGGUAUGGGCAGGCAUAAGCUACGGACAACUAACACAACUGCAUUUUAUCGAUGGCAAGUUGAAUGCACAGUGAUACGGUGACGAGAUCCUGAGGCCCAUUGUCGUGCCAUUCAUCUGUCGCCAUCACCUCAUGUUUCAGCAUGAUAACGCACGGCCCCAUCUCGCAAGGAUCUGUACACAAUUCCUGGAAGCUGAAAAUGUCCCAGUUCUUCCAUGGCCUGCAUACUCACCAGACAUGUCACCCAUUGAGCAUGUUUGGGAUGCUCUGGAUCGACGUGUACGACAGUGUGUUCCAGUUCCCGCCAAUAUCCAGCAACUUCGCAGAGCCAUUUGAAGAGGAGUGGGACAACAUUCCACAGGCCACAAUCAAUAGCCUGAUCAACUCUACGCAAAGGAGAUGUGUCGCGCUGCAUGAGGCAAAUGGUGAUCACACCAGAUACUGACGUUAUUAUUAUUUUUUGGUAUCUUUGACCCGCAGAUGCAUAUCUGUAUUCCCAGUCAUGUGAAAUCCAUAGAUUAGGGCCUAAAUAUUUUAUUUGUUAAUUGACUGAUUUCCUUAUGAACUGUAACGCCAGUAAAAUCUUUGAAAUUGUUGCGUUUAUAUUUUUUUCAGUGUAACGUUGGCCGACAAUUUACCUAAUUUACAUAAUUUGUUAGUCAGUAGAACCCCCUUUUGAUGUUUCCAUGGAAACUGCAUUUGUUGAAAGGGUAUUUUUUUCCUAUGGUCUUGGCGUGGCAGUGGCUUGGUUAAUAACCCUCCUCUUGGUUUCUGUUCUGUUUCCCCUCUUAUUUAUUUCAGAUUUCAGAUACACUGACGCCACCUUCACCUUCACCUAUUCCAAAGGCUCCAGAAGGUACAGUACAACGUUCAGAGAUGACUCAUUCUGUAUCCUACUGGGCCACGGCUUGCCUACUGGUUGUCCAGAUGUGGUCCUCUGUAGCUCAGUUGGUAGAGCACGGCGCUUGUAACGCCAAGGUAGUGGGUUCGAUCCCUGGGACCACCAAUACACAAAAAUGUAUGCACGCAUGACUGUAAGUCGCUUUGGAUAAAAGCGUCUGCUAAAUGGCAUAUUAUUAUUUAUUAUUAUUAUG